ACCAGUACCGACCAGUACCAACCUGACAGGUCCCCACCCAGCUCAGCAUGGCUCAGACCAUGCCAAUCCGACCCAUGAGAGUCCAUCAUGAAAGAGCACAUCCCAGUCUCCACGACCACUGACAGAUCCAACACUGAAUAUAUCUUUGAUGGUAUCCGUCCAUAACACUUGUUGCUAAAAACAUUGCAAUGACUGAGCAGGAAAGAUACCUUCUUCAGAAAAUGGAAACAGCUGGAUGUCGUGCACAGAAAUAAAUUAGUUGUCUGUGGGUAUAACUGGUGUUGUGGUAUAUGGUUUGCAUUCUGAGGACUGAUGUGUUCUGCCUCUAAUGAUUUUCUUAUAUGCCAAAGAUACUAACUUGUUAAUCUGCUUUAAAAGCACACCUGGGUCGUUUCUGCAUUUUACAAUUGAAAUUCUGCUUGCAGACUUUCUAAUGUAGAUGUAUGAAUACCUAAAUUCUUUCUCUGAGUUUGUACAUGCAAAGCUGCAUUAAUUCCUCUAGUUAAUAAUUUGCUCUAUACUCAGUGCAGAUGGUUUUGAACAGCUAUGUAACUUCUCUUUCACUAGAUGAGUAUUUUCUCCCAUUGCUGAGAAACAAAUCUGAUAUUUUGCCAGGAAUCCUGAAAAGUUUUCAGAUGGCUCUGAGCAACCACCACCAAUUGCUCAUGAGCUACAAACUGCCAGGCAAAUGGGUGAAUUUGAGGAGUCACAAAAAAUAUCUGACCUCUGACUACAUGUGUUUUUUCAUCUGCAAUAAUUUUCACAGUAUAAUAUUUUUGGCUGUAUUAAAAAAUGCAGAAUCUAAGAGGAUGUGCCAGCUCCCAGAUUCACAUGGGGGUUUUGGCCUGAUCCUGUUUCUGUUCUACACUGAGGCCUGGUGUACUGAUCUGACUGAUGCCUUCCAUGAGCAGAAGGUCGGGUGGGUGGGCUGAAGGGGCUCCCUUGGUCUCCAGCCAGCUCUCUACCUUGGAGAAUCAGGAGGGACAGAUGCCAGAAUGUGGUUUUGAGCACAUUGAUCUGAAUAUUGUGGACUUGUUCUUCAAAAGUCCUGCCCCCCCCAAAAGACUCCUACACAGCCAGUCUCAUGUGAUCAGUCAGUACCUCAUGGGUGAACACACGUGUGUGUUUUCUUACAGGUUCAUGCAGAGUGUAGUGUCUUCCUUGUUAAAUUACAGCCAAGUACUAAUGGUACAUACAGAAAACAUGUGCCUAGAGAGUAUGACUGGAUUAAUCAAAUAAGCCCUACCCCAGCUCCUUUUGAAGCAUUCCUUUCAGUUGCCUUAUUUCCCAAGGAAUAUAUUAAUAAGAUUCCUGCAAAUCCCCAGGUGUAUUUAUUGAACUAGGGAGGAAUUUAAUCAUCCGCAUGUUUCCACCUGGAAGAAUUCCCAGACUAUUACAGGGCAAAUUCUUCUCUACAGUGACCAGAAAAGGAGGAUUUCUAUUCCUCUAUAAUUACUGCCUCAUCUAAGAAAUGAGUUUUACUGUAUUUGCUUUUCUCAAGCUCUCCUGUAUUCCUAAAUGGUCAUUAGUGUUUUUUGGUUUUCUCCAUUUCAAAUUGGCUCUGGGAAUCAAUGGAGAAAAUGAAGAGCUGCUGCACAUUGAUUUUAUGAACAUAAAUGUCCAGUAAGUGGCACUGCAGGACCAGGAAUUCCAAACCCUGGAUGAUAAACAGUGCAGUCAGAGAGUGAAAACAAGUGUGGGAGAUGUCAAGACUUAUCUGUUCCAUGACAAAAGUGGUUGUAGAGCAGGUGGGGAAUGAUGUGGUGGCAUUCCUGAAGGUACAGUGCAAGGAACUGGGAUGUAUUCAGCUGCUGGCUCUGGAAUAUGGUAUCAGAAACUGGCCUUGGCACCAAGCUGGGCGUUAUCAGGGGUUUGCCAGAAGAAACCAGCAACAUUUCUGGGAACUGUUCAUUAGCACUUGAUGGGAAGUGCCUGUGAAGGCUUUGUGCUGGGUUUUGCCAUCAGGAGCAGAAUGCUGGGCAAGGUGAACUAUGUAUAUACAGCAUUUCCUGUGGUCUCCUGACGUAAUGUACAUUAAUUUUAUGUAGAAAAUCCAAAGCCCAGAUUGGAAAGGACGUCAGUACAGUCUGGGAGAGUUCAAGGAUUAUUUCUGUAAAUGAGCUAGAGAUGCCUGUGAGGCUGUGCCAGUAUAUCAAAACCAUCACCCGUUUUUUUCAUUCUCAGCAGAUAAGGAGUAAACUAUUAUCUUGGGAAAUUUGAUCAAACGGACAAGUAACACUACACUUUUUGGCAAUAUAAAUUGUAAUAAAACUCUUAUAUAAGCUGAGAGAGUGUUACUUACAAAAUCACUUAAAUGUUUUGGCUCCAUCUGCAAUAUUUGAACUCAGCUCUAGGUUACUCAUGCUAUACUGUGCCAAGCUAAACUGAUGCACACUCAAUUUUCCUGUUUCUCUAGAUGCAUAGUUAUAUUGGAUAAGAAUGGAAGAAAAUGAAGAUGAAAAGCCAAUCUGCAUUUAGAAGGGACAUAAAACUAUGUUUAAAGGGAUAAACCAGCCUUUCAAGGGGAUUAGGAAGCCAUUUCCUCUAUGAUGUGGCUAUUUUAUAAAUCCCUCUUGUGGGAUCGUCUGUGCCCUGAAGCAUCUGUGCGUCUGUGCCAGCUGCUGUUGGCAGCAAGACCCUUGACUAGGCUGAGGCAUCUGGGAUGUCAAUAUGCACCUGUGGGGGCAAGAGGAGGUGCAGGACUAUCCCAUAGGGCACAUGGAACAGCCACAGGAUCUUACAACUGCUCCAACCAGACUUGACAAUUUUUUUUCGUCGUCAUCUAGAGACCAGAUAUUGCUGAAUCCUUAUACUUUCUGCUCCUGAGUUUUUCUAAUGGCUUUAUAAAACAGCAGUUAAAAAUAGGAACUCUCAAAUGUUUAUUCCUGCAGGCACAUGGGGUGGAACUUAGGAUGCAGAAGCAGAAGACACACAAGACAUCGCUUGCAGCAACACGAGCAAACAGGUGAGAACAAGGCAUGGCAGCACAACAUAUGACAAAACAAGACACCACAGGACAACUUGGAAUAGCACACAGCAUGUCACCACAUGCAGCAGCACAAACAGCUUGGAAGAGCACUUGACACUGUGUCACGGCACGAUAGAUAUACCUGAAAGGUGAUAGGAGUGCCUAGAGAGUGGUGAGAGAUUCAUAGCAGCAUGAAAUUCCUAUAAAGGUAUGGAAAAUGUCUAGAAAACCACACGUAAGUCCUACAGAACUACAGGCAACGUCUGGAAAAACCAUGGGAAAUUCUUAGAAAGCAAAACUGAAUUCCUAGAAAGCUGUGGGAGGACUCCAGGAAAACAAAAUAUGAAUUCUGAGAAAAUUGGCUACAAAUUCCCAGAAAGCUAGAGGGAAUUUCUUAUGAAGUAAGGAGGAAUUGCUAUAAAGCAAUGAAGGAAUCCUAGAAAGAAAUGCACAGUUCUUAGAAAGCUGCUGCAAAUUUCUAAAGAGCAGAAGGGAAAUUCUGGAAGCAGAAAGGAAUUCUUACAAAUAGAACACGAUUACUAAAAAGCAUCAGAUAAAUUUCUAGAAGGUCAUUAGGGAUUUCUUGAAAGCAUGUGGAAAUUCCUAGAAAGAAAAUCUAAGUUCCUGGUAAGGGGAAAGAAACACUUGGAAAGCAGUGGGGAGUUUUCCUAGAAGGCAACAUGAAAUUUCCUGAAAGCUGGGUGGAAACUCCUUAAAAGCUGGAGGGUAUAUUCCCAGAGAUCACUAGGAAAAUCCUACAAAGGCAUGUGAAAUUCCUAAGAAGAUAGAAUCAUAGAAUCAUUUAGGUUGGAAAAGACCUCUGUGAUCAUCAAGUCCAACUGUUCCCUCAGCACUCCUCCACAUCCCCAAGAUCCACAUCUGUGUGUCUUUUAAAUCCCUCCAGGGACGGUGACUCCACCACUGCCCUGGGCAGCCUGUUCCAGGACUUGACAACCCUUUGGGUGAAGAAAUUUUUUCUGAUAUCUGAUCUAAACCUCUCCCGGAGCAAUUUGAGGCCAUUGCUCCUGGUCCCAGUUGGGUCCCAUCAGUCGCAGGCUCUGGUGGCUCUCUUGGCUCCCCUGAGGUUCCCCUGGUUGGUGGAACUCCCUGUGCACUGUGCUGGAUUUUUCUGCUAAUGACUGUGCUGGCACUGAGUAUGGAAAGAUGCAAGAAAACAAUGGAAAAAUCCUGGCUGAGCUGUCCAUAGUUCCUAAAGACACAGGGGAAAUUCUUAGAACAAAAUGCUGAGAAAAUCACAGGAGAAAAUCACUGUGAAGAGCAGGGGGAAAAGUAAAACUAGAAAGUAGAUAGGAACAGAUCCUAUAGCCUUUCCUGAAAUAGAACUUGUAUCUAGAAGACAUCCCUGAUUUUAGUGUCUCCUAAAUGGAGGGGACUGGUUUGAUGGACUGAGGAAGAGACACUGGAUGCCUGUGUUGGUGAAGCUGAGCCCUGACCUGCAAAGCCCAGCCCUGGGGAGCUGAGCUUUGCAGGAAGGGAGCAGGGAGAACUGGCUGGCUUGGAAGGCCCCUGACCUUGGGACAAAUGUUGACAAAUGGAUGGUGAAACUCAGGGAACAUUUCCAGCCUGGGAAAGUACUGUCUGUUAGAGGCUGUGUCAGCAACGGCUCUUUGCAACACAGGGCAGGGAAAAGCCAAGGGCAUCGAGGCGGGAUGCAGAGGGAGAUGUUACCCAUGUUGUAGGAUGAAACAGUCCUGCCUGAUGUGGUGGGACAGGCACGGAGGCUGGAACAGGAUAACAUAACCAGAUGAGCUAGGGUGAAAGUGGAUUUAGGAUUUUACCGUAGUUUGGGGUAAUCCAGCUGGAUCAGUGGGUUUUUCAAAAGUUUGAAUGGAAGUUUGUUAUGAGGAUUGGAGCAGCCCAGAGUUUAGACCUCAGGAUGGAUUCUUGUUUGGAUUCUUGUCCCAGUGUUUCACUGAACUUGGUGGAAUGUUUCUGACUGCCAUCAACCCAGACUGUGUGACUUGACUUUGACAACCAGCAUCUUGCCUUGGAGAACAGUUUAAUCCCAGAACCUGAAGGUGGAACUGUGACAUUGCAACCACAGCAGGGUUGUCUGGGGAGCUGCAGAUGGGAAAAUGCUGCCUGAGACAGAGCUUCAGGAGUGGGACAUUUGGAGUGGUCUGGUCAUUGCUGGACUGCUGGUUGACCCUCUCUACCACAGCUGGACCUGCUGUGCUCCUUGGGCACCCUGGGGCUGCUCCCCAUGCAGAGAGCCCUGGCUGGGCUCCUGUGGCUCCCUGCAGUGAAGGUCUGAAAUGCUGCUGUCAGUCUUCACUAUGAGCAAGAAGUGAUGCUUCUCUUUUUUUGGAAGGAGUCGCCAGGCAGACAGAGCGUUCCUGGAGGGGCGAUGCUGCCGAGCCCUGCCCCGGGCAGAAGGAAGCCGGGAGAUGCGUGGCCCGGGGCGGGCUGCGGGAGAGAAUGAGGAGCUGCCUCCGCUUGCGCCUUUCCGAGAGGGAAAAAGCAUGGUAAGAGCUGGACCCGAUCCCUGGAGCGCAGCCCCGCUGAGCAGGAGGUGGGAUUAUUCCGGAGUAGUUACGGAGAGCUAUAACCUGGCAGUGGAGUGUUAAAGCGACUUGUCCCUGCUGGAAGAGGAACCCACUGAGGGCACCGCCGGUGUUGUGGCCGAGGGAAGGUCACUCACAUCCUUCUCCUCCUCUCGCCCUUCUUUCUGCAUCCAGCGAACGUCAGUAGAAAGAACUGGUAGUCGGCUCUUGCCAGUGUUGGGAAAAUACCGUGCCUUUUGCCUGGGAUGAUUUGCCCUGAUGUGCCACUUCCACGGGAUGUACAAAGUGCGACUGGAACUGAUCUGGCCAACAAAGUUUGCAGAGUGAUCAGCAGGGGCCGUGGGAUGGAGGGAGCUGGGCACGCACCAGCAGGGUCCGUCACGCACGGUCUGACAGCACAGACCUGCUGCUCCCUUGAAAACUAACUCCUUGAUGGUCCAACUCUUACUUUUCCCCUGCCAAUUUGCACUUUCAGGGAAAAAAACCCACACACACACACACCAUGCAAUGCAGUGUUCCUGUGCUGGUUUUGUAUAUAAGAUUUGCUAUGCAAUUACAAAACUAAAAGAGGAGGAGAGACGGCCCUGCAUCCCAGAGCAAACAGAGAAUCAGAGGUGAAAGGUAGGAGCCAGCAUUUCUUGUUUAAAUUAAACUAAGUAACCUGAGCUACUUCUUACUGCAAAUCUUUAAAACACACCUACUGUAUGUUUAUGUGUUUUGUCUUGGAAAAGUAAAAGAGUUUGAAACAAUGUGAAGAUUUCCUUUCUGACACUGCCAAGAAACAGAGAACUGAUGCAUUUUAUAACAGGAACGUACUGAGGAGGAAGGAUGGAGUGUUUCAUCAGUGAGACAUUUAGGGAACUAGUGAAAAGGCACCUUGUAUAAUACGCUUCAGUAAAUAUGAAGGGCUAGUGCAGUGGACACUGGAAACACUCGAUCAAUAGUCUAUUUAAGUGGGAAUAUAUGCAAGCAUGGAAAAGUGAUUGCUUUCCUGUCUAUGGGGUGUGUUUGGAGAGGACAGCAGCAGAACAUUUGCAGGUGAGCUGUCUGAGUUAAGCUACUUCAUGCUGGGGUGGUGCAGUGUGUUUCUGAAGGGAUUGCUAAAAAACCCAGUCUGUAGGGUGGACUGUGUUUAUGCAUUUUCAGUUCCUGCUCGCAGAGCUUUCAGGAUGUUUUUCAGGAUAAUUCAGAUUGGGUGAGGUCCAUCUGGGGGUGAAGGGAUUAUAAGAAAGGACCUUUGGUCUGUUUGGUGAUGAGUAAUUAAUGGACGUCUGAUGUCUUUGAUCUCUGCAAGGCGAGGAGCUGAUGUCGUCAUGAAAAUCAUGAUAUGAUUUUCCCUCAGGAGAAACUAUGACUUGGAACGACACCACUAUGGACGGGGAAGGGUUGCUGGCGGAAAGGGACUCCUCUUCCUUUCGGAUCCUCACAGGCUGCUUCCUCUCACUGCUGAUCCUCUCCACGCUGCUGGGAAACACACUGGUCUGUGCAGCUGUCAUUAGGUUUCGCCACCUCAGGUCCAAGGUGACCAACUUCUUUGUCAUCUCCUUGGCUGUGUCAGAUCUCUUAGUGGCAGUUUUGGUCAUGCCUUGGAAAGCUGUGGCUGAGAUUGCCGGUUUCUGGCCUUUUGGUUCAUUUUGUAACAUCUGGGUGGCCUUUGAUAUUAUGUGCUCAACAGCCUCCAUCUUAAAUCUCUGUGUCAUUAGUGUGGACAGAUACUGGGCCAUCUCCAGCCCAUUUAGGUAUGAGAGGAAAAUGACCCCCAAGGCAGCCUUCAUCAUGAUCAGCGUGGCGUGGACUUUGUCCGUGUUGAUUUCCUUCAUCCCUGUGCAGCUGAACUGGCACAAGGCUACAACCACAAGCUUUUUGGACUUAAAUGCCAGCUUACAAGGUGUAAGCAUGGACAACUGUGAUUCUAGCCUAAACAGGAUGUAUGCCAUCUCCUCUUCUCUAAUUAGUUUCUAUAUACCUGUGGCCAUCAUGAUAGUGACUUACACGAGGAUAUACCGGAUUGCUCAGAAGCAAAUACGUCGCAUCUCAGCUCUGGAGAGAGCAGCAGUGCACGCAAAGAACUGCCAGAACACGAGCGGCAACAGGAGCAGUAUGGACUGCCAGCAGCCAGAGAGCAACUUCAAAAUGUCCUUCAAGAGGGAAACAAAGGUUUUAAAGACUCUGUCAGUGAUCAUGGGGGUGUUUGUGUGCUGCUGGUUGCCAUUUUUUGUAUUGAACUGCAUGAUUCCCUUCUGUGAGCCUACCCAGCCAUCCAAGGGAGCAGAGGCUUUCUGCAUUAAUUCCACCACCUUUGAUGUUUUUGUAUGGUUUGGAUGGGCAAAUUCUUCCCUCAACCCCAUCAUUUAUGCCUUCAAUGCUGACUUCCGCAAGGCAUUUUCGACCCUGCUGGGCUGCUACAGGCUCUGCCCGAUGUCUGGCAAUGCCAUAGAGACUGUGAGCAUUAACAACAAUGGGGCAGUAGUUUUUUCAAGCCAACACGAGCCCAAAGGGUCCAGCCCCAAGGAGUCUAAUCUGGUUUAUCUGAUUCCACAUUCAAUUAUCUGUCCAGAAGAAGAACCUCUCAAAAAGGAAGAAGAGGGUGAACUAUCUAAGACCUUGGAGAAAAUGUCUCCAGCACUGUCGGGUAUCUUGGAUUACGAAGCUGAUGUUUCUUUGGAAAAGAUCAAUCCCAUUACACAAAAUGGGCAGCACAAAACCUGAACAGUAAGGUUUACUAAGCCAGACCCGAUGGUGUAUAUUGUAAUAAUCUUUUGGGGAAAAAUACAAGAUUUUUUUGGUAAGAAACUAAGCUCUAGGGAGAAAAAUACACAUUUACACUGAGCCCAGAAUUAAUUUUCCUGGCAUUCAAAGCAAAUUUAACAUUUUAAACAAUAAACACAAAAAGAUACUGGAAAUUGGUUAUAAAAAAAGAUGUUAAACUGUACUGUUCAUACUGAGGAAAAUACACAAAUUUAGAUACAGUGCAGUGACAAAGAAAAUAUUGCUUCUCUACACAGGGAAACCAGUUUUCAGCUGAAAGUGAGGCAAAAGAUAAAUGUUGAGUAUUUAAAGAUUAAUGUUUACUAGAAGUAAAAAGAUUGCUGUGUCUUGUGAUAGUGGGUGUUAACAGGUCCUAAUUAAAGACUGAGAGAUUGUAAAGGUAGGUAGAUGCCUUCUUAAAAUUAUUUCUGAAAAAUAAUUGAGCCUUAUAAUGAGAAUGGUUAUUUUUAAAGCUUUGGAAGGUAAUAUGUUGAUACUGGUUUUAUUUAUUUAUUGUUUUAAAUUGAUAUUUUUCAUAUGUUAUAACAGAUCUAGCUUUAUUUAUGUUAUUUAAGAUGUCUAAAUAAUGGGAUAUUUUUUGAGUGUCAUAACUGCAUUUUGACCAGUCAACCAGUCAGCACUUUAUUACAAGCUCGGAUAGUCUGGAGAGCUGGUGAGGGGAAUAGAGGAAUGUUAAGAAGCUCAGCAAGAAAUGAAGGAAUCAACUAAACCAAUGCUGUGUGGAGUUCGUUUGCUUGUGGGCUUUUUUUAUUUUUAAGUGGGAUUUCUUUCAAAAGAUAGGACCAGCGUUGACUGAGUUGUGAAUUCUCUUCCCUUAUAGAAAUAAAAGAAAUUGCUGCUAUUUAUUUUUAAAAAGUUUCAUGGUACAAAGACUUUGCUAGAAUGUCAAGUUUGUGGAUCUGUAAAUACCUUAAAUAUGACUACAACCUUAAGAAGAAUCCAAUUUGGGAAGGAGAGCGUCUUAGAUAACAAUUCUUAGUAUAUAAUGUUUUGUAUUUAUGUAAGAUAAACAGCUUUCUCAGACUUUUCUUAUUUCAAGUCUUGGAUAUCUUUUCUGAACAAACACAAUGGGUUAUAAUGGUAGUAAAGAUGCCAAACGUUGUUAUCACUGGUGUUACUGCAGGACCACCCGGGUCAUUCUGUCUGUCUGCUACUCUAUCACAGUCAGAACUAAAACGUGAGGUACCUGGUGCUUUACUUUGGGAACCGGGAGGACAUUACAUUUUAGUAAUUGCCGUGUCAAUAGUCCAUUCAAUAAGGAAUAGUGCCUCAUUACCAUUUUGGAUUAAGACAUUUCUAAAUAUGGGUGGAACUGCAGCCCCCACCUCAAAAUCCUCCUGUGAACUCCAAAAAAGUUGCCAAUGUUUAAUUAAAAAAACCUGCUACUUCUCCAUUGUCCUUCCCUGCUGCUUCCCUUUGUAAUGCCAAAAGCAAUCGGUGAGCAUUAGCAACAGGAACAUUGGAUGUUAAUAGUCAGCAGCGUUCAAAGAAAUCGAUUUCUUUUCUGAAUGGGAGAAAAUACCCCUUGGAGCAACUUUUUCAUAACAUAUAUCAAAAAAAUGUGUUGUCAGGAAAAGAGAACUGAGAGGAAAAAAAAAUUAACAAACUAUAUACAUCCUGCAUCAGGUCUGUGUAUUUAUGUAUUGUGAAUGUUUUCAUAAUUUUAUUGCCUGUAUGCUGCUUUCAUACAUAUAAUAAAAUUAUUUUGUGAACAGAAGGUCAAAUAAAACAAUCUACAUUGCAUUUAUUAAA